GAAUCUGAUUUCAAGGAUUCAUCGAGGCCGAAAAUACGGUUAUGUCAAACAGUCGCAGUGGAAGUAGUUCUGAAUCAGACGAAGAACCGAGAAAACAGGUGCAAUUCCUUUGGUAACAUAAGUUUGAUAAUGAAAAUAACGAACCGAAGUCGUUCAAGACAAUCGUUUAAAGUGAAGUGCACCAGCAACGAUCUCUUCCGAAUCAGGCCCUCCGUUGGAGUACUCGAUCGUGCAGAGAGUGCUUAUAUUACUCUAACGUAUAGGUUUGCGCAUUCGCAUUUGACUACAUUCAUUUAUUUGCUUGUUUAUUGA